GGUCUAUGAGUACAUGCUAAAUGGCUCCUUGGACGCUCAUCUCUUUAGAGAGAAAUCUGGUGUGUUGAGUUGGAAUGUUCGGUACCAAAUUGCACUAGGCAUCGCCAAGGGUCUCGCCUAUCUGCAUGAAGAAUGUGAGGACUGGAUCAUACACUGCGACAUCAAACCUGAGAACAUACUGCUCGACGCGGAAUUCUGCCCCAAGAUUGCGGAUUUCGGCAUGGCGAAGCUGCUUGGACGGGAAUUCAACUCCGCGCUGACCACCAUGCGAGGAACCAUGGGAUACCUCGCGCCGGAGUGGUUGUCCGGGCAGCCCAUCACCAGGAAGGCCGACGUGUACAGCUUCGGCAUUGUGCUCUUCGAGAUCAUCUCGGGGAGAAGGUGCACUGAGGUGGUGAAAAUUGGGAGCCAUCGGUAUUUUCCUCUCCACGCGGCUGCUCGGGUGAACGAAGGGGAGGUUCUGUGCCUGCUGGAUGCUAGGCUGGAAGGCGAUGCUAAUGUGGAGGAGCUGGAGGUCAUCUGCAGGGUCGCCUGCUGGUGCAUCCAGGACCAGGAGAACGAUAGGCCGUCAAUGGGGCAAGCUGUUCGCAUGUUGGAAGGUGUCCUAGACGUUGAUAUGCCUCCAAUACCAACUUCGCUUCAGGACCUUAUGGAGGGUGAUGAAAGUGAUAUAUAUCCUGAUUCCUGAAGGAGGUUGCUAGAGAAUUUGUAAUUUAUUAUUGAGGAUUCAGCGAAGUUGGAACAAGAAGAAACAGUCUUCUUGCAGACUCUCCAAUGCAUCCCUCUACUAUGGACUGACAAAGAUGUCCAAGGCCCGUCGACUGACUGAGAUUCAGUGACUUUGCUUUGUGAAGUCUGAGCUUGACUUGGCCCCUACCAUUGAGGUUCUAUAUGUGAUCCAAAGGCCCAGAAUUUACAAAGUCAAAACUGAAGCCCUAACUCUCUAGACUUGUAACUUUUCAGCAGAUUCAGUGAUAAAACACCAGCAACUAUGCACUCCACGCUACGAAAAUCCAACAGAUAACUGGUAUUCGUUGCAAAUAUGGUUGUUAAUUAAAUAUGAAGAAGACUUGACAUCAAAGCAAGUGCUACUGCCGUAAAAACUUGACAACAAGUGAAUUAAAUGUGAACAGAUUGUAGAAGCACAGAGUACAGACUGAGCAAAGUAAAAACUUUACACCAAUGCUACUGCUCUACCAACCGAGAAAAGUACAAAACGGAAGUCCCCUUCUGCUUGCUCUCAAAUGAGCUCGUGAUGAACAGUAAACCGAGAAACAUUGAAAAAAAGUUUAAAAAAUUCUGAUUUUUUUAUGGCAAACUUUGACAAAUUUUCUAUGUGUUUGCAAAGUUUCAUGAUGAAAUCACAUAUGUGGAAGUCAUGGAAAAAACAAAA